AUGGAAGUGGAUUCGGCUAUGAGCGGUGAGUCCGGUCACGAUCCAUCGGUCCAGACUAAUUCAGCCAACGGGCCGGACCAACCUGCUGAUUCCCAAUCUCUGUCUGCUCAGCAGAGUAAUAAUAAUACUGUUAAUAGUAAUAGUAAUAGUUGUGGUGGUGGAGCGGUGGUGGUAGGGCCGCGGUGUGCGCCGACUUACAGCUUGGUGAAUGCGAUAAUUGAGCAAAAAGAGGAUGGGCCAGGGCCGCGGUGCGGCCAUACUUUGACUGCUGUCACGGCAGUUGGGGAGGAGGGUAGUCCGGGAUAUAUUGGGCCGAGAUUGAUUCUGUUUGGUGGGGCCACAGCGCUUGAAGGGAAUUCCGGGGCCUCAGGAACUCCUUCCUCGGCUGGAAGUGCUGGGAUUCGGCUGGCUGGGGCUACUGCUGAUGUACAUUCUUAUGAUAUAUUAACAAAUAAAUGGUCUCGACUUACCCCUAUUGGAGAGCCACCGACACCAAGGGCAGCUCAUGUGGCAACUGCUGUGGGUACUAUGGUUGUUAUUCAGGGUGGAAUUGGUCCAGCCGGUUUGUCCGCAGAAGAUCUUCAUGUCCUGGACCUCACACAGCAACGACCGCGAUGGCAUAGGGUUGCUGUCCAAGGUCCUGGACCAGGGCCACGCUAUGGGCAUGUCAUGGCUUUGGUGGGCCAAAGAUAUCUCAUGACAAUUGGUGGAAAUGAUGGAAAACGUGCUUUAGCUGAUGUAUGGGCACUGGAUACUGCCGCCAAGCCAUAUGAAUGGCGAAAACUGGAACCAGAGGGUGAAGGUCCACCUCCAUGCAUGUACGCAACUGCAAGUGCACGCUCUGAUGGUCUUCUUCUUUUAUGCGGAGGAAGGGAUGCAAGUAGUGUGCCUCUGGCAAGUGCACAUGGGCUUGCCAAACAUAGAGAUGGUCGAUGGGAAUGGGCCAUUGCACCCGGUGUCUCACCAUCUCCCAGAUAUCAGCAUGCAGCAGUUUUUGUUAACGCACGUCUUCAUGUAUCUGGAGGGGCACUUGGGGGUGGACGCAUGGUAGAAGACUCAUCAAGUGUGGCUGUUUUGGAUACCGCAGCAGGAGUUUGGUGUGAUACAAAGUCUGUUGUUACGAGUCCGAGGACUGGCAGAUACAGUGCUGAUGCUGCCGGUGGGGACGCGACAGUUGAACUGACAAGACGCUGUAGGCAUGCUGCUGCAGCUGUUGGUGACUUGAUCUUCAUUUAUGGCGGUCUUCGUGGUGGGUUGUUGCUUGAUGACCUGCUUGUCGCAGAAGAUCUUGCUGCUGCUGAAACAACUAAUGCAGCUUCUCAUGCGGCUGCAGCUGCUGCAUCAAAUUUGCAGCAAGGGAGGUUACUGGGUAAAUAUGGAUUUGCCGAUGAUAGAACAAGGUCACUGGUGCCUGAUACUAUUGUUGAUGGUGCUGUUGUGGUAGGAAAUCCUGUUGCUCCGCCUGUAAAUGGUGAUGUGCAUACAGACAUAAGCACAGAAAAUGCAAUGCUCCAAGGUUCUCGAAGACUGAGCAAAGGUGUUGAUUACUUAGUUGAGGCUGCAGCAGCAGAAGCUGAGGCAAUUACUGCUACGUUAGCAGCUGCUAAAGCUAGGCAAGUUAAUGGGGAAAUUGAGCUUCCAGAUAGAGAUCGUGGGGCAGAGGCAACCCCUAGCGGGAAACAGACAUCUAACUUGAUUAAGCCUGAUUCUUCAGUAUCAAGCAGUCCUGCUACAGCUGGAGUUCGGCUUCAUCACCGUGCUGUUGUUGUGGCUGCAGAGACUGGUGGGGCUUUAGGUGGCAUGGUCAGACAGCUUUCUAUUGAUCAGUUUGAAAAUGAAGGCAGACGAGUCGGUUAUGGUACCCCAGAAAGUGCAACUGCGGCCAGGAAACUUUUAGAUCGGCAAAUGUCUAUUAACAGUGUACCCAAGAAGGUGAUUGCUUAUCUUCUAAAACCUCGUGGUUGGAAGCCUCCAGUUCGUAGACAGUUUUUCUUGGAUUGCAAUGAGAUAGCAGAUCUUUGUGACAGUGCUGAGAGAAUAUUUUCCAGUGAACCUAGUGUACUACAGCUCAGGGCUCCUAUUAAGAUAUUCGGGGAUUUGCAUGGGCAAUUUGGGGAUCUUAUGCGUCUUUUUGAUGAGUAUGGAUCUCCUUCAACUGCUGGGGAUGUAGCGUAUAUUGAUUAUCUGUUCCUAGGGGAUUAUGUUGAUCGUGGUCAGCACAGCUUGGAAACCAUAACCCUUCUCCUAGCUAUGAAGGUUGAACAUCCUCAUCAGAUACAUUUAAUUCGUGGUAAUCAUGAAGCUGCAGACAUCAAUGCUCUUUUUGGCUUUCGAAUUGAGUGCAUUGAACGAAUGGGUGAGAGAGAUGGAAUCUGGGCAUGGCAUCGGAUAAACAGAUUAUUCAACUGGCUCCCUUUGGCAGCAUUGAUUGAGAAAAAAAUUAUCUGUAUGCAUGGUGGUAUUGGAAGAUCAAUCAACCAUGUAGAACAAAUUGAGAAUAUUCAGCGUCCAAUCACUAUGGAAGCAGGAUCAAUUGUUCUCAUGGACUUGUUGUGGUCUGACCCCACAGAAAACGACAGUGUGGAAGGAUUACGUCCAAAUGCAAGGGGUCCUGGCCUUGUUACCUUUGGGCCUGACCGUGUAAUGGAGUUCUGUAAUAACAAUGAUCUUCAACUGAUUGUACGGGCACAUGAAUGUGUAAUGGAUGGAUUCGAAAGAUUUGCUCAGGGACAUUUGAUUACUCUAUUUUCUGCCACAAACUACUGUGGUACUGCAAAUAAUGCUGGUGCUAUCUUGGUUUUGGGUCGAGAUUUAGUGGUUGUGCCAAAACUAAUUCAUCCAUUGCCGCCUGCAAUUUCAUCUCCGGAAACGUCUCCUGAACGCCAUAUAGAAGACACUUGGAUGCAGGAACUCAACGCUAACAGACCACCGACGCCGACUAGAGGCCGUCCUCAAGUUGCUAAUGACCGAGUGAUUUGUGCAUAG